AUGAUUAAAUACAAGAAAGUAGAUAAUUCGAAUGACAAUUCAUGUGAAACUCUGCAAAUACCUGGUAAAUCUGAUGAUUCGAGACAACAAAUCGACGUAACAAAGGCAAUUGAGUUAUUUCAUAAGAACAUUAGUGUUAGACCAGAAUAUAUUUGCACCUGUUGCGACCAAUCAUGGUAUAGAUCAUCUGUCACUGAGUGCAACGUUUCUUUAUAUAAAUCUUGUUCAAAAGAAAUCCUUAAUAUAUGUCUUACUGGUCUGAAGAGCAUUGAUAAUACUGAAUGGAUAUGUGGCACAUGUCACUCAAACUUAAAAGUUGGUAAACUUCCAAGUUGCUCAAAGGCCAACAAAAUGACUUUCCCCGAAAAGCCCGAGGUCUUAAAAAAUUUAACUCUUCUUGAGGAAAGACUAAUUUCGCCGAGAAUACCUUUUAUGCAGGUACGGGAAUUGCCUAGUGGAGGUCAAUUAAGUAUUCAUGGGAAUGUAAUUAAUGUUCCUGCUGAUGUUAACACAACUGUUAGUGUUUUACCAAGACCAAUUAACGAGUCACAAACUAUUCCAAUAAAAUUGAAACGACGGCUUGGUUAUAAACACCAUUAUCAAUUUCAGAACGUUAGACCUACGAAAGUUUUAGAUGCAGCUCAAUACUUCGGGUUCGCACUAGUGAAAUAUUCAAGAACGAAGGAAUACAAGUAA